UUCUUAUCGCCGGUAGCGAGGAGCUUCGCAGCAGGACACUUCACCGCUGGUCAGAAACACCGAUGCAAUCCACGUUGGUGCAGUCCACCAGGCUAGGACGUUCUAUCAAUUAUUGUGCACUAGUUUUAUAGGGCUUUACCAAGCUAUACGAUGGACUGCGAUAUUUGCUUCGAAGACUACAACCAGGGGGAGCGUUCCCCGAAAAUAAUGCCGUGUGGACACACCGUAUGUCUGCAGUGCCUUCUUCAGGUUGGCAAGAGAGAGUGCCCAACAUGCCGCACGGUCUUCUCCGUUGACGCCGGAUCGCUUACCACUAACAUAGCCUUAUUGCGCCUGUCGGCAGAUGUCAAGGUUCCCCGCGGAUGGUGCUCGGACUGCCGCGGCUCUGCCACGGACGAGUGCUGGAACGAGCACGACGUGGUGCUCGUGCAAAGAGCACUCAAGAGGCAACUGCAUGGCGUAGCAAUACAAGCAGCCGGUUACCUCGAGAAGCUACAGGACCAGUGCAAGGGAGAGCAAGCCCUCACAGCUCUCAGUUUGUUAUCUCGCGAGUCCUGCAAGCUUUCUGUGCAGGCGGGAGAGAAAUUAUUGACUGGGACCGUAAGAAACACAGAAGACCCCCUCGUCAAAGCAAUGUGGCUCGUAUUAGCAGCGAAAGCAAAUUUCACAGAAGAAAGACAGACGGAGAGCCCACAGCCUGCAGGUGCAAGUUCUUCGCUCGCUUCAACGCAGCGACCAAUCAAAGGGCCGUUGGGCCAUGGAAUGGACCUGAAUAAAUUCGUCUUUUGUGGACCCGAAACCAAACAGGAAGAAAAAGCAGCGACACUGAAAGCUGUGCGUGGGGUCAGUAGGCUGGCCGACGUUCACUGUAACUUUGACCGCGCAUGGAGCCUCCAGCUGCUACAGUGCGCCGCACAGACGGUGGAACAGCUCAAAAUUUUGAGUCCGCGCAAAGAACACUUCCGUGCAAUGCAGAGCAUGCUGCGACUUGAGAGGCUGGAGGUGUGUUGUGACGCCGUCCUGGAAGCGCAUCGCCCCGGACCGCCCGCGGCACAACCGAGACACAACAGCCUCAAGUGGCUCCGGGCGCAGAACCUACACCGAGACACGUUGAUGUCCCUGCUAAAGGGCAACGCUCAGACGCUGGAGAAGCUGCACCUUUGGGUGGGCACUCCGGGACAGCAGAACUGGCCCCUUGCCUGCAACGACCUGCAUUCGCUGCUAGAGCAGUGCGGGCUGCGGGCGUUGAGGAGGAUUGUGCUCCACAGGGGGAUGGUCAGCUGCCUCCACAGCGCAGCCGACUGCACCAGUCAGCGCAGUGCUGUGCGCGAGGUGGUCCCUCCUGGAGUCGAAGUUUUGUGCGAGUGGUGUGACUAUGUGCCGAGGGAAAGCAUCUAAUAGUACGUAGUACUGAAGAUGAAUGAAAAUCAUCUUGCAUGUCGUUUACUAACACUUCAAUAAAGACUAUGGUUAAAAAAUUCUGGUUAAAAUUUAAUGCAGCCAAACUUAACAAAUUUAAAAGUACUCAUAAAAAUAGGUUUGUAACGUAUUCUUCUACUUAUUGAAACAAUGGCGCCAGAUAAGUUUCACAUAUUCGGUUCAUGCAGUUUCAGGGGAAACCCUCUUCAACCGCUGCUCCAGAUUGCCCA